AUGCCUAAAAGAAAUUAUAAAAAUUAUUCACAAGAGGCUCUUCGAGAUUGUCUAGCAGCAAUAGAAAAUAAAGAAUUAACGCAAAGGAAGGCUAGUGAAAUAUAUAGGAUUCCACGAAGGACUAUUAUAAACCAAAUUAGGCUCUUACGACGCAACGAAACACCAAGGCCGCCUGGAGCACCUACAACAUUCACGGAGGAAGAAGAAAAAAUUUUCGUAUCGUGCAUACAAAAAUUGAGCGAGCAUGGUUUUCCUCUUACAAGUUUCGAUUUGCGUAUUGUAAUACAAUCUUAUCUGGACAAGAUUGGGAGAAGAGUUCCCAAGUUUAAAAACAACUGCCCAGGCUUGGAAUGGGUGUCGAGUUUUUUGAAAAGAAAUGCUGAAUUGUCACAGCGCCUCGCUGCUAAUAUAAAGCGCAGUAGAGCUGGCACUGAUCGGGAAACUCUUUCAGAUUAUAUUCAAAAUUUAGCAGAGGUGUUAAAAGAUGUUCCACCAGAAAAUAUUUGGAAUUACGAUGAGACGAAUUUAUGUGAUGACCCUGGGCAAAAAAAGAUUUUGACGAGAAGAGGCACCAAAUACCCCGAAAUUAUAAGAGAUACAUCCAAAAGUUCUACAUCGAUCAUGUUUGCUGGAAGUGCUGAAGGAGAAUUACUUCCGCCAUACGUCGUCUAUAAAUCUAAGCAGCUAUGGAAUACUUGGACAGAAAAUGGGCCGAAAAAUACUCGCUACAAUUGUAGUCCUUCCGGAUGGUUCGACAUGAACAUAUUCAAUGACUGGUUUUUCGCACUUGUACUGCCAAAGCUCAAAAAACAGGAAGGCCCUAAAGUCCUCAUAGGCGACAAUCUAUCGUCACAUAUUUCGGUAGAUGUUCUUAAAGCUUGCAAAGAAAAUAACAUACGGUUCGUGUGUCUUCCUCCGAACAGCACCCACUUGACGCAACCACUCGAUGUCGCCUUCUUUCAUCCAAUGAAAGUUGCAUGGCGGAAAAUUCUAACGACAUGGAAGCAGUGCGAACAAGGCAUACGGGAAAAAACUGUUCAAAAGAGCAGUUUUCCAGUCUUACUUAAAAAACUUCUUGCGGAUUUAGAAGAAAAUAGAAAAGAAAACUUAAAAUCCGGUUUCAGGAAAUGUGGGAUUUAUCCGACCAAUGCAAAUGCCUUAUUAGAGAGAUUGCCUAAACCUGUUGAUAAGACUGCGGCAGAAAAUUCUUUUUUGGAAACACUUCAAGCCAAGAGAGUGGAAUGGACUGGAGGCGUUAACCCGAAAAGACGACGAACGAAACUCAACAUAGUUCCGGGAAGAAGUGUCACGGAGCUGAUAGACAGUUCACUGGCGGACAAAGAAAACGAGGAGCCAUGUCUUGAAAUGGAAGCCCAGGCCUCGACUUCAGAACCUCGUCGUACAAGAAUUCAUAGCGACAGUACAUAUGCCGAGAGUGAAAUAUCUCUUCAUGACUCUUCAAACGAUGAAACAAUGAAUGAUAUGCUGGAGACAAUGUCAGAAGAAGAGACAACCGUAGACAAUGCCAGGGAAAGUUCUAAAACAAAAAAAUUUAAACCACUCAUAAAGGCCGAAGGAGAAUAUGUAGCUUUCACAUACGAAGGGGAAGUCUUCCCAGGCAUCAUCACGAAAAUCAAUGAUAAAGGACCGUACAUAUCCUCAAUGAAAAGGUCUCUCAAAUAUUGGAAAUGGCCAAAACCAAAGGAUGAGAUCCAAUACACUUGGAAUGAAGUUCUUGGAUGUAUAUCUGCACCGAAGAAAAUUGGUCGACGUGAAUUUUAUACUGUUCCUGAUCUCGAUCAAAUUUGGGGGACCUAA